AUAAAACACAAAACACAAGGGAGGCUACAGCAAGGGAAGAACAUAAGCAGAGAUGAUGGAAAUGGAGGACGAGGGAGCAAGGAGAAAGAAGGUCGUAGAAGCUCAAGUCCUUGAUAAGGUUGGAGAAGUAAUCUCUGCCAUUAACGACUCCAAGCAUGUGGACCAAGUCAUUUGCGCCCUUCACUCCUUCGCCAUCCUUCUCUUUCCUCUCGAUUCUUCGCUUCUCUCAGGUAGUAUUGAUGAGCGGUAUCGAGACAAGAUUCUUAGUCCCAAAGUUCCUUCAGCAGAUGAGAGAAGUGAGUGGUGGCAGGUGUUCUACCGAGGAACCGCAUUUCCAACCUUCGCUCGAGUUCUUUUACGUGAGGUUACUUCCAAUUGGCUAGCUUGUUUCCCCAUUUCGGUACGCAAGCAUGUCUAUGAUGCAUUUUUUGCUAAUGGACUUAUGACUGAGGUUGUUCAAGCCUUGGUCCCUUGCUUACAGCCAAUUCGAACUGAUGGACUUGAUGCUCAAGCUGUCCGCUCAAAUACUGAAAGAUUACUCAUUCUUUGCUUGCUGGAAAAUAAUGGAGUGGUCCAGAUGGCUAAGGAAUUUGGUGCUGCUUACCAAAAUGAAGAUUCUGUCGAUGAACAUUUCAAGGCACGUGUUUCUAUGGUGGCACAGAUUGUUUCAUCUUUACCAGACAAAGCACAAAUGGGAGUUGCUGUUUCACUCUCAUCUCAUUUGUUCUUCAAACAGAUUACCAUUCAGCUUCUUUCUUUGGCUGAAGAAAGAAAUUCACAUAUAGUAAAUGGAGGAGCUGCAUCCAAUAAAAGUGACAUGGAUGGUGCCUUUAUAUUUGUUGGUGAAACAUUAUCCCGCAUAUGUCGCCGUGGUUCUGUAGAUGUUCUCAUAAGUGAAGUUGUCCCAAGGGUUCUUAGGCAUGUGCAAAGUUUAUUGUCAUUAAAUGACGAUUCAUUUGCUGCGGAUGUAAUUGGGUCAAAUCCUGCCUCCCAGUUUUGGUUGAAUAUGAUGUUAUCAGUCAAAGAUUCAUAUGCUGUGGAAAGAAUGUCUGAGCAGCUUUUACGUGAGAUUGCAAAGCAACGGGUGAGUGAUGCUGAAGCUUACUGGAUUCUGUGGAUAUUAUUUCAUCGAUUUUUUUCACAUCAAACAUCGUUCAGGUCCAUGUUCGUAGACAAAUUUUUACUCUGGAAAGUAUUUCCUAUAUGUUGCCUUCGUUGGAUCCUUCAUUUUGCUCUUCUUGAACGCCCACCUGGUUUAAAAGUGACUUCUAAAGGCCAAAAUAACCAGAAAUUCUUCGAGGCAUUGCAUAGUUUGGCAUCAGUAUGGUCUAAGAAGGAGUUUGUGCAAUCGGCUACAACAGAGCAACAAAUUUAUGUAUCUGCAGCUAUUGGCCUUUCCUUGGAAAAGAUUUCUAGGGAGGAACUAGAUGAGAUUAAGGAUGUGAUGUCUUCAAUUCUUCAAGGAGUGAGCUGUAGGCUGGAGAGCCCUAACCAUUUGGUGCGGAGAAUGGCUAGCAGUGUCGCAUUAGCAUUCUCAAAAGUUAUUGAUCCAGAAAAUCCUUUAUAUCUAGAUGAUAGCUGCAUAGGAGAAAGCAUUGACUGGGAGUUCGGAUUAGUCGACUCUGAGAAAGAAUCUCUAACCAACAAUAGGUGCAUAGAAAAGGGUGCCGAUGUUAAAUCAUGUAUUUCUUCAGCGAAGGAGAGUGAUGUAAACCACACAGCUGAUGAAAAUAUACUAAAAAAUGUGAAGACUAAAACUAAGAAAGUGUCUGAAUAUAAGUUGGUUGAUCCAGAUGAGAUUAUUGAUCCAGCUACUCUAAAUUGUGAUUCUGGCUCUGAUAAAGAUGACGAUGAUGAUAAUGGGAGUGAGAUUUCUGAUACCUCAAGUGACUCAUCUUUACAGCCGUAUGACUUGGUGGACGAUGAUACGGAUUUGAAAAAAAACUUCACACAGUUGGUUGAUGUAAUUGGAGCACUACGUAAAUCUGAUGAUGCCGAUGGAGUGGAGAAGGCUCUUGAUGUCGCUGAAAAUCUUGUCCGAGCAUCACCUGAUGAACUUAGGCAUGUAGCAAGUGAUCUUGUCAGAACUCUUGUACAGGUUCGUUGCUCUGACUUGGCUGUAGAAGGUGAGGAAGAAACAGCUGAAAACAAGAGGCAAAGAACACUUAUUGCUCUGGUUGUUAUGUGUCCAUUGGAGUCUCUUGACACUUUAAACAAAAUACUAUAUUCCCCUAAUGUUGAUUUCAGUCAAAGAAUAAUGAUACUUGAUGUAAUGACCAACGCUGCUCUGGAGCUGUCUCGUACAAAAUCUACAAAACCCAAAUAUCAGACGAGGCCCCUCAUCUCAACCAUAUCAGAGAACCAGGCAUGGUUUUUGCCUAGUGACAUAGGACCUCCAGGAGCAGGCUCCUGGAAGGAGAUUUCAGAAACAGGAACUUUACUGAACUGGGAAAAUCGUUACGAGAGAGAACUCCCCCCAAAGCCUGGUCAAAUAAGAAAAGGGAAGACACGCAGAUGGAGCAUGGGGUCAUCAAAUGUACAAGAUAACCAAUCAGAAUGGUCCCAUAACAAGUUUCCUAUGUAUGCAGCAGCGUUUAUGCUUCCUGCCAUGCAAGGCUUUGAUAAAAAAAGACACGGUGUAGAUUUGCUUAAUAGAGAUUUCAUAGUCCUAGGGAAACUCAUCUACACGCUCGGUGUUUGUAUGAAAUGUGCAGCCAUGCAUCCAGAAGCAUCUGCAUUGGCUUCUCCUCUUCUAGAUAUGCUGCAAUCCAGAGGAAUUUGCCAUCACAAGGAGGCAUAUGUGAGGAAGGCUGCUCUUUUUGCAGCUUCGUGUGUACUGUCAUCACUCCAUCCCUCGUACAUUGCUUCUUCCUUGACUGAAGGAAAUCUAGAAAUUUCCAAAGGGCUUGAUUGGGUUCGCACAUGGGCCCUUCACGUGGCCGAAUCAGAUACAGAUAGAGAAUGCUAUAUGAUGGCUAUGACAUGUCUACAACUACAUGCUGAGAUGGCUCUCCAAGCUUCACGGGCGAUGGAGUCCAUUGAAAGUACAUCCAAAGUGGAAAAUAUUGCUCUUCCCUCCAGUCUGUCUAAGGGAACUAUAAAAAUCCCCUACUCCAAUGUAAAAUUUCAUUAAUUUUGUGAUAUAAUACUUGAAAGGAUUAUUACUAAUCUCUUUUGUACAGUUAAAA